CUCCAACAUCAACAUCACCGCCAAUUCUCCGCCAGCGGUUGCGCUACUUUGCAGCCGCCAUGCGUGACGACUAUCGGCAGCGAUCCCCAGGAAGGGACCGCGAUUAUCCACCGCCGGCCCGAGACCAUCACGAUAGAGACUACCGAUCGAGGCAGGGUAAAGACACGCCCGGCAGAUGCGCCGUCUGCAGCGAGAAAGAGGGCGCGCGCCAUGGCAUUGAGUUUUGAGCUAGAAGGCUAACAUCCCUACGGGACGAGACCAUUCCCAGUCUCCCACCAGGCACCAAGACCACCACCGCCCACGACACGGCGACCAGGGCUACGACUCGAGAGAAGGAGGCGUCUAUGACGACCGCCGUGGCCACAGACGAGAUGGCUAUGGACAUCGCGAGCCACCACGCGGCCCUAGAGCUGACGACUACUCCCGAAUGUACGACGAGGACCAGAGAAAUCCGUCAGACUACAACGACAGAGGCCAUCGCGACAUAUACAACGACAGAAGACCCCGCGAUGAAUAUAGCGAUAGAGGACGCCACGAUGACUGCGCUCGGUCAAGUCGUCGCCGCGAUUCACGGUCCCGGAGCCCAAGGCAAGAUGCUGGAAAGCCUACCGAUACUGUGAUUCUCGAAGGCUUGCCUUUUGGCAUAUCACAGCACGAGCUGAGAGACUGCCUCCUGUCACAAUCUAUCGCAGCAGAAUACCCAUCGAUAGACGUACGGAUAUCUGCGUCUCGAGGUCAACGCCGUGCUUUUAUUCAGUUUCAGGAUAUUGACAGUGCCGCCGAAUUUGUUCGAGAACAUUUCCCGAGCAUUACAAUAAAAUUGCAAGAUCCGACAGACGAGGCACCCGACGGCAUGUUUCACGCGUAUGUACACUUUGCCCGCAGCCGUGACGAACCAGAGCCUCGAGCUCCAGCAGCUGGCGGCGAGUGGACGUGUCCCAAGUGCGCAGAAUCGAACUUCGCCACAAGGUCUGUAUGUCGAAACUGUGGAAGCUAUCCGUCAGGACUUCAUUGGCAAGAAAGCCUGACUGGCGCCGCGGAUGCGGGAGAGGUUCCAUCGCAUAUGCUUGUUAUAUACCCGCUUGCCGGCUUUGUGAAUGAGGAUAUGCUAGCCAAGGACAUCAAGCGCCUUGAACUCGAGAAGCCUGAAAAGCCAAAGGAUACAGGAAACGGGGCGCCGAAGCUCAAGUCGACAGCUCCAACAAACGAUGCCAGCGGCUACGGCGCAAAAGAAGGCACUCUACAUCGCGUCUUUCUCAUGCGUGAAACAGAGAGCAACGAUUCGCUCAAAUACGGCUUUGCAGAAUUUUGGAGUGUCGAAGAUGCGGCGGCAGCUCUUACCAAGUUUAGCAAGUCUCGCAACUUUACCGUCGCUGCUUGUGCUGUUACUAUUUCAAACAUACACAUGGGUGUUUUUAUUCCCGAAGAUCGUGCGCCGACAGACAGCACCAGACACAUGUCAUUCCACCCGCUCUUCAACCCUUCACUCCUUGUGCGCUACCGUGACUAUCACGCAUACCCUAGCGUACAAGUUGUUAAUGCAGAGCCCCCAACCGGCCUCGUGCUGGCCCCUAAAGAAGAAGACGCCAGCGAAAAGACCAAAAAGCGCAAAGCAGAUACUGCAACCGGAAGCAUAUCGAAGAAGCCCACGAUGAUGGUUGGCAAGAUGGCCAUGUGGCAGCGCAAGCACGAUGAGAUCCAUGUCGAUGAUAAGGAGAAGAACAGGUCAUCGGCAAUCAAGAUUGCCUUGUCUGGUGCCAACGCCAUGCCGCUACCAUCCAAUACGGACUCUCCUUGUUCAGCUCCAGUUACUAUGGAGGCGGAAGACGAGACUCCUGCUGCUGCCGGAUCUGAACCUACAUCGUUCGUGGACCGUGAACGGCUCAUGUGUCUCAUUUGCAUGCGCAAGUACAAGUCGACAGACGAGGUUGAUAUUCACGAGAAGUCUCGCAACCACCGUACUGCCAUGGAGGACUCUGCCAAGGUGGAAGCAGCGCUGCCUCGUCUAGCUGCGCGCGACAAACGCCUGGCCAAGACUUCUACGGAGGGAGAGUACCGUGAUAGAGCAAAGGAGCGCCGACAGGCGUUCAAUCAGCCGAACAAGCCAAAACUUGUACAAUCAGCAUCUACGGCAGCAUCUAAGCCGAAGCCUGUGGAGGCACCCAAACCUGCGGCACCCUCCAAGGGAGCCGGUAUGCUUGCAAAGAUGGGUUGGGAGAGCGGCUCUGGCCUUGGUGCGGACGGGGCUGGCCGAACAGAAGUCAUUGAGACAAAUGCCUACCAGGAGGGUGUUGGUCUAGGCGCCGAAGGAGGCAACCUGGGUGACGCAGCCGAACUUGCCGCCAAGCGAACAGCGGGCAACACAUAUGCUGCCUACGUGAGCUCAGUGCAGGACCGGGCCCGAGAACGAUACAACAAGAUGAAUGAUUAGGAAGGAGUAUGUACGAAUAAUAGCAUUUACAGAGAGGAUACGGCGCAGCAUAUAAAUACAAGUCAUGAAUACAAUAACCCAGAAACACCAUUCUUUAUUCCAACGCCCUUAAAACACAGGCAGGCCCUUUAGAUGCUAAGAGAAUAGCCGCAACAACGACGGCAAAUGCCACCGUUGGCACAUGCAGCAUAUUAUCCGCAGCACUUGUUUUAUCGCUGGUAUUCUUCUGGGGGCCAUCACGUCCCGUCUUGACAACCUGAUCUGGAACUAAAGUAUAUCAUGUCAGCAUCCAUACACACUAAUCGCACAAUCAAGACACUUACGAGCUGCGCCCUUGGCGUUGGGAAUUGGGUCCUUGGCGCCAAUCUCAAUAACGUUGCUCUUGGUAGACUGCAGAUUGGCCUGCGCGAGUCCUAUGAUCUUGUUAUCCACGUCAUGGACAACAUAGACCGAUCUCAGAAAGCUGUCGCCAAAGUACAAGCCGUCCACGUUCUCUGCCGACGAUAUGCGCAGCGUACAAAUCUUGCUAAAUGCUCGUGCCGCAUCAUCCAUGUUGUUCAACUUGUCCUUGCUAAACUCCUCAUCCGCAAUGAAAUUAGCAAUGGGGAUAUAGAGCUUCUUUCCGC